UUCUUCUUCCAUUUAAUUUCAAAAUAUGAGGGUUGGUUCAUCUGUGAUAAGCCCCAGCUGAAAUGAAUCCGAUCUGUAGAUCAUCCCUUUCUCGAUUAUACCACCACCGUCUUCACUCACCUCUCCGGCGGCAGUCUUCUCCGCUUGAAACCACCCCCAGGUUCAAUUUCUCCAAAAGGUGGCAUUUUGGCCACCACACUGGAUCUGAUCACCAACAUCAAAGGCCCGGCGGAGCAGAAGAAGGGGAAAGGAUUUUCCGGCUUGGUCUAACCGCUGAUAUCGGUUUGUCUGUCGGCAAAGCUCUCACCGGUUAUCUCUGCGGCAGCACCGCCAUCAUCGCCGACGCUGCUCAUUCCGUUUCAGAUGUGGUCCUAAGCGGUGUUGCUCUAUUCUCUUACAGAGCUGCCAAUGUUCCCAAAGACAAAGAACAUCCAUAUGGUCAUGGUAAAUUUGAAACUCUGGGAGCCCUUGGAAUCUCUACCAUGCUUUUGGCUACUGGCUGUGGCAUUGCCUGGCAUGCCGCUGACCUCUUACUUAGCGCACUGUCCGCAGCCCCUGAGGUGAAUCAUACUCAUGGUGGAUAUCAUCACGGAAUUGAUAUGACUCACCCCACUCUCGCUUUGACUGUUACUAUUGCUUCCAUUUCCAUCAAAGAAGGGCUUUACUGGAUCACGAAACGAGCAGGAGAGAAACAAGGGAGUGGGUUGAUGAUGGCAAAUGCUUGGCAUCACCGUUCAGAUGCUAUUUCUUCUCUAGUUGCCCUUGUUGGCGUUGGAGGUUCUAUUCUAGGAGUUAAUUUCUUAGAUCCCCUAGCUGCUCUUGUUGUCUCGGCAAUGAUUUUCAAAGCUGGACUGGAAACGGGACAUCAAAGUGUAUUGGAACUGGUAGAUGCUGCUAUACCAGCUCAACAAUUAGAGCCAAUAAGACAGACCAUAUUACAGGUUGAAGGAGUCAAGGGAUGUCAUCGGCUAAGGGGAAGGAGAGCUGGUUCAUCGUUGUAUCUUGAUGUACACAUUGUGGUAGAUCCAUUUUCCAGUGUGAGUGUUGCGCAUGAGGUAGGAGAAUAUGUACGGGGGCAGAUCAAUAGAAACCAUCCUCAAGUGUCUGAAGUUUUCAUUCAUAUAGAUCCAGCUUUCUUACAGUUUUCUAGUAGCAUGAUGGAUCACGAUAGUAUACAAAAGGAAAGUAACAUAUGCAAAGAGAUUAAACUUGUCGAAGCCACUGUCUCGGAAAUUUUUUCAUCACAGUUCUCUGAGAAAAUGAUGAUAAAACGAGUGACACCCCACUUGUUGCAUAGCAAGAUCUGGCUCCAAAUCGAAGUUGCGAUGCCAUCAACCAUGACAAUUCAGGACGCCAUGAGAGCCGCUGAAGAUGCAGAGAAGGAGAUUCUGAAGGCAGUCUCAAAUGUGGCUCGUGUCAGCAUUCAGCUUAGUCUCAAGAACUCCCUGCCUCAGUAAUUUAAUUACCUCUGGUGUUUUGGAUUAAAAAAAAUACAAUGAGAGCCAAUUCUCUGUUUAUAACCAUGCAUGUGGGCGUUUUGUUUAUAUUACUGGCGUUUUGUUUAGUCUCAAAAUUUUGGACCUUGAUGAGUGAGGAAAGUUUUGGGAGUGUACAAUUGAUGAGCUGUGGAUAAGGUGAAAGUAAAAAUAAGACCAUAGCUUUCUUUCAGCCC